GAGGAACUUGGUGUGUUAGUGUUAAGGGAUAUCCCCCGUGUACGCUUGACUCUUCCUGACCGUUUGGCAAUACAUUCUCUAGUCAGCUGGUUGAAAGCGUUUGCAAAAUAUCGGCGUACAACUGCAUUUGGAGUGAACUGGCGCGAUUUGAAUGUCGGCCAAUCAAGUUGAACUUUAUUACAGCUGUGGGCGGGGACAGCGGGAGGGUCCCGGUAGCUAUGGAAGUGGUAUCACCCGCCCCCUGACAACCAUACCGUCGCUUGGAAACGGCGAAGCUGCAGGUCUGUCCACUUCGUGCAUAAUCCUGUUGCAAAUCACAGGAGGACCGGAAUGAAGAAAGUUGCUGCCACAGUAUCGUUAUCUAAAGUUGGAGGAAGUACGAAGAAACAAUCUGUACAUGGCAGCAUUGGAAACAUAGGCAGCAAACACAGCCAAAAGAACUCAUUGAGCUUUCUAGGAUCAAGUAGUCGUCCAAGGAUAAGUCUACAAGCAGACAAGUUCGUAGAUAAAGGUUAUAGUGCAGGUGGAUGGCAUGUAACACAGAUAUUUGAUGAGAAUGGAAAAGAUGUCACUCCUCGUCCCCUCAUCCUCUUGGAUCCCAAUUUUACACAAACCAAGCAAAGUAAAGCUUUCACCUCGCAAGAACUUUCAUCUUCUGACUAUGCCUUUGGUGGUACUGUUUACCAGACGGCAGCAAAUGUUAGUUUUGGUGGACCCUUUACCAGGUCUACUUUUGACAGUGGUAGUGUCUCCCGAUCAAGUCGUACGAUUUCAGAGUCAAUGGAUGAUAUUGGUGAUGAUGGUGUUCAGCAUGAAGCUACAAGUGUACAAUAUGACCAAAUGUGGAGAGAGAAUGUAAGAGAACAACUGACAGAUGAUGAACUUAAUAAGAUUGUUGAUGUGCACCUGACAGCGACUGAAAUGUAUAACUUCCUGGAGCUUCCAGCUGAAAUGAUUUCAGUGGAUUCAAAGGAAGCAGAAGCUGUCAUGAAAAGAAAUGCAUUAUAUAUUGAAAUCUGCAAAGAGCGAGUUGGCAAUGAUCGCUACAUUGAAAGGAUGGCACAGACAUUCACUGGAGCACAAAAAGCUAAAGAUGUUCAGUGUGACAAAAUUAACACAAAAGAAAAAGGGUAUGAAACCCACUGGCUACCCUCACCUGGUUUAGCCCACCUGUCGAAGCAGUUGUACCACGGAGUAGCCACUGUUGUAUGCAAACAGUUACAUGAAGCCACAGCUGUUAUGGCAACAACAUGGGACCUGUAUGAUAUCCUUAAAGAAAAAGAAACACAUGAAGACUCUUCCAUCAAUAAAAUGAAACUGAAAAAGAAUUUGUCAAAACCACAGAUUAAUUUAGACAAAACACUCACCCGAACUUUAUCAGCUCUAAGUACUUUAGGGUUAGAAAGCAGAUCCACUUCAUCUGGGGACUCGGAAAGUUUAGUCACAGUCCAAGCCAUGGAAGAAACGGAGCAGGACCUGGAAGAAAUCUUUAAGAAUGAGAAAUUGAAACAAGAUUUAUUUUUUAUGGAGCGUGUCAUUAUGGAGAAUAUUUUCCAGCCUAAACUUGCUGCUUAUCGACAGCUACCUAUUAUCCCUGAUCCAGAUGCAACACCUAAUGCUGAAGAAGAGGCGGUAGACACUGUAAUGAUGUUGGAUAUCACGAGUCCAAGAUUGCAGCCACUCUGGGCCUUUACAUGUAGGCUCACCAAGGGACAUAACGUUAGCUGCAUGGUCUGGAACAAACACAGUUUGGACCUACUAGCAGUAGGUUAUGGAAGCUUUGGAUAUAAGGAACAAAAUGGAGGAUUGAUUUGCUGCUGGUCACUGAAAAAUCCAAUGUGGCCUGAGCGCAUCUAUCACUGUGAAAGUGGUGUUACAGCAUUGGAUUUCUCUUCGGAUAGUCCCAAUCUGCUGGCAGUUGGGUUCUACGAUGGACUUGUGGCUAUCUACAAUGUACGCAACUCUGAAAAUGGAUUGGUUCUGGAUAGCAGUAAUGAUAUGAAUAAGCACAUUGGCCCUGUCUGGCAACUGAAGUGGACUGAACAGGAUAGAAAUUCCAAAGGGGAUGAAAAGGAAGGGACAUUGUUCUCCAUUGCCGCAGAUGGUAGGAUUGCCAAAUGGACCCUUGCAAAAGGACUGGAAUCAUCUGAUUUAAUGAGGAUAAAACGAACAAGUGUACAGACAUCUAAAAAAAUUAUGACUGAUAAAGAAAAGAAGAAUGAGGCAUCUAUAUCUCACCAAGCGCCAGGGAUGUGUUUUGAUUUCCAUCCAAAGGAAACUAAUAUUUAUCUGGCUGGGACAGAAGAAGGUUACAUUCAUAAAUGCUCAUGUUCCUAUAAUGAACAGUUCUUAGAAACAUAUGGAGUUCACAAGGGUCCUGUGUAUAAAAUAGCAUGGUCACCAUUUUCUCAUGAUACUUUUCUGAGCUGCUCUUCUGACUGGUCCAUUCAUUUAUGGAGUCAGGAUAUAGUGCGACCAGUUCUGCGCUUUACUUCCACUGUUACAAAGGCCGUGCACAGCAUCAUGUGGUCACCAAAAUCAGCAACUGUGUUUGGAGCAGUUAAUGAGGACAGAGUGGAAAUCUGGGACCUUUCAGUUAACAUAUUGGAUCCUAUUAUUAUCUACCCAGCCACGGAAGGAGUAAGGUUGACUACCAUACUCUUUGCUAAGAACACAGAUUGCAUUCUCGUUGGUGACACCAAUGGACAGGUCACAGUAUACCAGCUCAGUAAUAUGUCUCCAAAUGAAGAAACCCUACCCGUACUAAAUAACAUCAUUAUGUCAACACUGGCCAGCCAAUUGGUUAGUGAAUCUCGUGUAAUGGAAGAACACAUUAGUAACAUAUGCAACACUUAUGAUUAAUUAAUGUUAUGUUUAAUACAAUUGUUAAUUUCAUUAUUUUGUACAUUUAAGUAAUGUGAAGAUUUGAUUGUAUUGCUUGAAGUAUUUUCAUCAUACACUAAAUAUCUUGCAUUCCCCAAGAAUACUAAGCAAUUUCACUUUGAUUUACCGUCAAAUGAUUGUAAUAUUUUAUUCUGAAAAAGGUGGUUUAAAAAUGAUUCAUUGAUAUAGAGAACUUGUGUGAUUUUGACCAGCUAAAUUAAAGUAUGUUAACAAUUCAUGAUGUACUUAACUCCUUUUUGAUAUUUAAGUAGGGGUACUUAAGUGAUAAAUAUACGCAAUUUCUGAGUAAAUUUGAUUUUAAUGCUAUCAGAUGAGAUUAAAGUCGGUAUUUAAUGAUUUUUCUACCUGAAAACAAAUUGUAUGUGGGGAGAAAAAGAUAAGAUAUGGAUUGGUGUUAUGACAACGUCUUUGCGGGUAUUGUUUCAGGUUGCCAUAACACCAGUCAUUUUCCCAAACAAAUAUACAUCACUUAUAGAAAUUCUCUCAAUUAAUCUUGAAGGAAAUAGGAUUUUGUUGCCGCUAUUGAACCACAGCAUUUUAAAACAUAGCAGAUUGAAGUUAAUUCAGUACUAACACCUAAAUAACAUUGGAUAAAUAUUCAUAUUCCCUGAUUGACAAGGUGGAUCACUUGCUCAUUCUGUUACUUCAAAACACUGAAAAUCAGCUGGAUUCUAUAAUGAUCACUAUGAGAUUAUCAUCCAGAGAGUGUAGGUGACAAAUGAUCUUUUCUUAAAGAACUAUUAAUUUUUUAAAGUUAUAAAUCAAAAUGAAUGUUUUUAAAAGAUGAAACUAAAGCUUUGGAUAGUUAAUAGUAAAAUAUUCUGAAUAUUUUUUAGUUAAGGAGCUUUUGAAGAGUUGUGAGCAAACAGAUGUAGUUACGUAUUUAAACACUACAGUCACAUUGGCUUGUGUUUAAAGGACAGCAGUCUAAAGUCAGAAUUUACUAUUGAUUCAGUCAGUUUAUCCAGAUUGCUUAUCCUCUGGCGAUGAUCUUUGUAUCAUCAGUGGGGACAGGAGAGGUUCCGGAAGAUUGGAGGGUUGCAGAUAUUGUUCCCUUAUUCAAGAAAUAGCCCAGGAAAUUAUAAAUCAGUGAAUCUUAUUUCAGUGGUUCGUAAGCUGAUGGAGAAGAUCCUGAGAGGUGGUAUUUAUGAAUAUUUGGAGAGGCAUAAUAUGAUUAAGAAUAGUCAGCAUGGCUUUGUCGAUGGCAGGUCAUGCCUUACAAGCCUGAUUAAAUUUUUUGAGGAUGUGACUAAACACAUUGAUGAAGGUAGAGCAGUAGAUGUAGUGUAUAUGGAUUUCAGCAAGGCAUUUGAUAGGGUACCCCAUGAAAGGCUUAUUGAGAAAGUAAGGAAGCAUGGGAUCCAAGGAGACAUUGCUUUGUGGAUCCAGAACUGGCUUGCCCACAGAAGCCAAUGAGUGGUUGUAGACUGGUCGUAUUCUGCAUGGAGGUCGGUAAACCAGUGGUGUGCCUCAGGAAUCUGUUCUGGGGCCCCUACUCUUCGUGAUUUUUAUAAGUGACCUGGAUGAGGAAGUGAAAGGAUGUGUUAGUAAAUUUGCUGAUGACACAAAGGUUGGGGGUGUUGUGGAUAGUCUGGAGGCCCAUCAGAGGUUACAGUGGGACUUUGAUGGAAUACAAAACUGGGCUGAGAAGUGGCAGAUAGAGUUCAACCCAGAAAAGUGUACAGUGGUUCAUCUUAGUAGGUCAAAUAUGAUGGCAGAAUAUAGCAUUAGUGGUAAGACUCUUGGCAGAGUGGAGAAUCAGAGGGAUCUUGGGGCUCAAGUCCAUAGGACACUCAAAGUUGCUGUGCAGGUUGACUGUGAGGUUAAGAAGGCAUAUGGUGUAUUGGCCUUCAUCAAUUGUGGGAUUGAGUUUAGGAGCAGAGAGGUCAGACCCCACUUGGAGUACUGUGCUCAGUUCUGGUUGCCUCACAAGAGGAAGGCUGUGGAAAUCAUAGAAAGGGUGCGGAGGACAUUUACAAGGAUGUUGCCUGGAUUGAGGAGCAUGCCUUAUGAGAAUAGGUUGAGUGAACUUGGGGUUUUCUCCUUGGAGAGACGGAAGAUGAGAGGUGAUCUGAUAGAGGUGUAUAAGAUGAUGAGAGGCAUUGAUCGUAUAGAUAGUCAAAGGCUUUUUUCCAGCGCUGAAACAGCUAGCAUGAGAGGUUACAGUUUUAAGGUGCUUGGAAGUAGGUACAGAGGAGAUGUCAGGGUAAGUUUUUUUUAAUGCAGAGAGUGGUGAGUGCAUGGAAUGGGCUGCUGGCGAAGGUGGUGGAGACAGAUAUAAUAGGGUCUUGUAAGAGACUCCUGGAUAGGUACAUGGAGCUUGGAAUAAUAGAGGGCUAUGGGUAACCGUAGGUAAUUUCUAAGAUCAGGACAUAUUCAGCACAGCUUUGUAGGCUGAAGGGCCUAUAUUGUGCUGUAGGUUUUCUACGUUUCUAAAAAUGUCCAUUUCUGUCAUUAAUCAGUCUUAUGUUCAGUUUUUUUGAUUCAAAACUUCAAUACUAUGAUAAAAUUUAAAAUAUUCUUGUUGAAAAUAUUCAGCAAAAUCAUUACAGAACCUUUUUACUUUGAGAUGCCAAGCAAGCUAGGUUUAUUGUCAUUCUUCAGUACAAAAGUGUAAAGGAGAACAAAGUGAUUGUUACUCACAAUCUGAUGCAGCAUGAAAAAAGCUCAAUAAGCAUAUAGAACAUAAUAAAAGCACAAUAAAUAUGUAGUUUCAGAAGCUAUGGUCUCCACAAGCCCUGAUGUCAACGUCAUUGAGGCUGUCUGGGAUUACCUGGAGAGACAUCAAAAAUAUGCAGAACUGUAGCAUGAUGCCUGGAACAACCUACUAGCCGAUUUUCUUAUAAAACUGCACAACAGUGUACCCAAGGGAAUUGAUACAGUUUUAAAGGCAAAGGAUGGUCACAGCAUUUUUUUUUACUGUUUAUUGCUCUUUAUAGCAUUUUUUGACCUUUUAAUUUCAUUAUUGAAAGCAUCUUAGCUUUACAUAACAUGUGCUUAAGUCUUUUGCUGUAGUGUAAAUACAUACAGCUUAUAAACAUAGACUGAUAGUAUGUGUAUAAUGUGACACCAGGUACUGGAACAUCUAUAUAUAAGGUGACCUAUAGGAAAUGAUGAAGUACUGUAAAUGAGGUUGUGGUGGAGUGGGUUCACAGACAGACCAGCCUGACUUCUUGGGGGGGAGUAACUGUUGUCCUGGCAUUGAUACCUGUGUAGCUUCUUCCCUAAUGGAAGUAGAACAACUUUAUCAGUUGCUAGAUUGCUAACAAAAUGUGACUAAUGGAGCAACAAAUUUAAUUAACAAAAAUGAUUUCACUGUGUACCUUUCAUUGGAAAAAAAAUGAAUAACAAUAUAUUUUUAUGGUAGAGUAUUGUGGCUUUCUUACUCUGUAGGAGUGAUCCUUGACACUGAGCACUUGUACAUGAUUAUCUAGUGCCACACAGUGGUAACUAAUGCGGAUUCAAGUUCUGUUGUACCCAUUUACAAUUUGAAUGGUCUUCGCCACCAAGAGAGAUGAAAAGUUAUGAUUAUAUCAACAUGGACUCCAGUUCCUCGUAUUAAGUGAUUAGAA